AUGACGGCGGCCGCAGCCUUCAUCCCGCGCACCUCAUUCGGGAUCCCGAACUCGAUACCGAAGACGUACUUUCUCGGCCACCACCAGGCGGGCGCGCAGAAGAUCAAGACGGUGCUGCCCACCAUCUCGCUGGUGCUGGAGUGCCGCGACUUCCGGCUGCCGCUGUCGACGCACAACCCCCACCUGGAGCGCAGCCUGGCCGGGCGCGACAGGCUGGUGGUGUACACCAAGACGGAGCUGGGUCGGGACACCGGCCGGGCGCGGGCGGUGCUGCGCGGCGUGUACGGCGACCGGGCCGUCUUCUGGGACAAGGACCGGCCCUCGACGACGGAGGCGCUCCUGGCGCGGCUCCGCUCGGCCGCCGAGGCGAGCGGGUCCAUCACCGGCCUGCGCGCCUUGGUGGUGGGCAUGCCCAACGUGGGCAAGAGCACGCUCCUCAACGCGCUCCGCAGCGCCGGAAGGCCGGGCAGGCGCCAGGCCAAGGCGGCCAGGACCGGCGACCAGGCCGGGGUGACGAGGCGGGUCGGCACCGCCGUCCGGGUCGUCGACUCGGACGACCUGCCCGGCGGGGCCGGCUCGGGCGUCUACGUCGUCGACACCCCCGGCAUCUUCCAGCCCUACGUCGACGACGGCGAGACCAUGAUCAAGGUCGCCCUCGCCCACGGCAUAAAGAAGGGCCUUGUCGACGACGAGAUCCUGGCCGACUACCUGCUCUACCGCCUCAACCUGUGGGACCCCACGCUCUACGCCCGCUACUGCCCGCCCACCAACGACGUCGACGAGCUCCUCGCCGCCGUCGCCAGGCGCGAGGGCCGCCUGCGACAGGGCGGCCUGCCAAACGUCCCCGAGGCCGCCGCCAGGCUCCUCUCCCUCUGGAGGGCCGGCAACCUCGGCAGAUCCUUGAAAUCCUUCUCACCCGCAUUCGCACCCGCAUCUGUGCCACCUGCUGCCGCCUCUGCGUCACCCGCUUCGCCGCGUAGCUGUCUCGAGGGGGUGCCGCCCUUCUGCGGUGAAGCCUGUCCGCUGCCCGGGUUGGAGGCGUUGGACGAGCUGGAGGAUGAGGUCAUGGCUCCCUCGGCGGCGAGGUCGACCUGCGUGCGCGAGAUGAAGUCCAUGAUGGCGCCCACCCGUCUCCUCAUGUCCAGCAUGCUCAUCUUGUGCGCCAUAGCUGCUUUGCUCUUUGACUGGUGCUUCGAGAGCUCGUGGUGGCCGUGUGACGUUGUCGAUGACUUGGCUGUCGUCGUGGUUGCUGCCGGGCCGUUGCUGCCGCCACUGCCACUGCCGUUGCCGUUGCCGUUGCCGCUAGCGUUUCCGAUUCCGAUUCCGUCUCCGUUCCCGUGA